AUGAAGACCGGGUUUGCUGGACGAGCAUUCACUUACACACGGCAGUCAAAGGGUCAUGUUACUUGGUUUAACUACGAUGUACAGACACUUUUCAUGCCACCAGAAAGGGAUCUGGCAAUCCCAACUGAGAACGGAUGUUGUCGAUCAUCCUGCGAACUGCAGCUACCCGCGGGUCUUGCCCGAUGGCCGCUAUCAAACGCCGUACGCGAGGCUCUCAUCGGUGAUCAACGACUCCUUGGCCUGUCAUCCGAAUCAUUACCCCUCCCAAUCAAUCAUGUCGACAAACAGGCGUGGCGCCAAGGCAUACACGGGAUUGGUAAAUUGAGUGCUAGGAUCGUCGACGAUAUGUGCUGUUCACACUUUGUUGGCCAGUGUACGCUUGACAGGGGUAUGCCUUGGCACAAAACAGCCUUCGAGUACCUUGGUACUCGGCCCAUGAAGGCAUUCAACUUUCUGAUUGGUGUGAUACAGUACAGCCGACAUGGAGGAUGCGGCGGCCACGUUGGUUAA